AUGUCCGGAACCCACCUGUUCGCGCACCUUCCUCACGUCCCACCAUCGAGCCCACCACAAGGAAAUCCACACGGACAGAUUCACAUCGAGAACAAGCACACCGAGGUGCGCAAAUACGACUGUACGGUGUGCAUCAAAACGUACAAAACGGCCACGGCACUGCGAACCCACAUGCGGGAGCAUACCGAGGGAAAGCGCUUCGAGUGUGAGUUUUGCAGCAAGACGUUCAGCCGGAAGGAUCAGAUGGUCAUUCAUCGGAGACUCCACACCGGGGAGCGCCCCUUCAGCUGUCCGGUUUGCACGAAACGGUUCAGCGACGACGGAACAUUCAGCAAGCACAAAAAACGGUGCCAGGCCGCACUGCAGAACCAACUGACGAAGCAGCAGGAGCAGGAGCAGGUGAUGAUCGAGUUUGUCCAAGAAGAUGAAGACGCUAAUUGA